CGGCCAACAGCAAACAUCAUGCCCGUCUUUAGCCGAUACUACAACACCGGCCUUCUCUGCGGCAUCGCCGUGGCAAGCGGCAUUUCCAUAUGGUGGUAUAACCGUGAAAGCAUUUACCUACGUGUAAAGGCUGAUCUCGAGAAAGAAAAAGCAGCGGAAAAGCACUGAACUUAUUCGAAAUGGCCAAGCGCAAGCGGGAGCCAAAGGACGACGACCUGCAAUCAAACAAGCCGAAUCGAUCCCCGACAGCCUUCGAGGAGCGCCUGUACCAGGCACUUCGCCGGAACCCCUUUGCGCCUAUGGUGCCUUGCCACCGCGUGGUCGCUGCAGACCUCAGCAUAGGAGGCUUUUCUGGCGCUUGGGGCAUCGCGGAUCCGAAGGUACAGCGCAAGAAGCGGCUGCUGGAGGACGAGGGGGUCAAGUUCGUUGGCUGCACGGUGCUGAGCGAUGAGUACGUCCUCAAUGCCGAGCAGCUGCGCCAACGACUAUCAGAGGCGUUGGCUGCAGAAUCGGGUGGUGGGAGCAAGGCAUGGAAGGCUCAGGGGGGUGCGUAGCGUCCGACAGAGGCCACGCCUGGGCAUGCGGGUAGUAGUGCGCUUGGGUCGCGUGGAUCACAUGUGCACGAGGAUCAAGCAUGUCGUCUUGAAAUCCAGCAAGCUAUAGCUAGUUAGCUUGUCCAAGUGGGGCCACGUCGGGCGGUGGUGCAUGUGUUGAUGCCAUUUGUGGAAUGACAAAUAAGAAUUCCAGGUUGCCGUAGCUCCUGUAAGCUCCAUCGUGCAGAACCCCAGGCUGUACGAUUACCAUGACUGCCAUUUGCAGUUGUCUUUUUUUGUUAUUCCGCGAACAGUGUCACCCUUCCCGCCCAGCAGCAAUCCUGCCAGCAAAGGGCAGCAUGUACUGGUGAAGUCGAGGUAAACUAAUAGGCGGCAAGAAUGCCGCAAGUCCAUUUCCCCGGCCACGCGUUUUCAAGACACGAGGUCAUUUACCAACUCCCAACCGCGUCAUUACCGGACAUACGCAUACAUGGCUAGGCUGGCAGUUGACUACCAGGCAAACUAUAAUAGAUUAUAAACCAGAGCAAGUCAUGGAGCAAUGUCAUGGCAGGAUUACCAUACUCCAAUUCGAGCUGGAGAACAAAUGCACGGAUCAACGGUGUUGGAAAACGCGACCAUGAGCGUGUGCGCUGAUGCACGUCAAGUUACCCUCAACACGACGGACACCCAUCAACAGAAAAUGCAGAACCCCCUUAAAUUCCCCUCAUAAUUUUUCGGCCACGGUGCACCAGCCAGUCAGGUCGCCUAAAGAUUGCCCUUACGCAGGACAUGGCGUUAAUGGUCACAUGGUUCACCCUGCAGAGCACGAACGCGCCGUCACUAAGUACCUCAAAACUCCAACAGUAUGUCCUCUCUGUCUCAAUCACGCAGCCGGUCACGUACAACCCACGAUCAUAUGUAAACGCCUCAUACCAUCACCAAGCCGCACGAUGUUGCCGGGUCAUUGUUGCGCUAUGAAUGCAUAGCAUGUAGCUAUCAAUGUGGAUAGGCAUCUCCAGUGCAAAGAAGGCCACGAGCAAGGAGAUCACCCCGCCACAAACUCCGUACGC